GCCGCGAUUACCAUGAGGGUGAUAACUGGUGUUUAUCCUGGUGUAACUACAGUGGAAUUAGAUACAUUAGCUGCAGAAACUGCUGCUAGUAUGACCACCAAACAUCCUGACUAUGCUGUAUUGGCCGCAAGAAUUGCAGUCUCUAAUCUACAUAAAGAAACUAAGAAAACCUUCAGUGCCGUAAUGGAUGAUUUAUUCAAUUAUGUCAACCCAAGAAAUAAUAAACCUUCUCCGAUGAUCUCCACAAAAAUUCAUGAUAUAAUUACAAAUAAUGCUGAGCGUCUUAACUCUGCAAUCAUCUAUGAUAGAGAUUUCAACUACAAUUUUUUUGGCUUCAAGACUCUUGAAAGGUCAUAUUUGUUGAAGAUAAAUGGUAAAGUUGCUGAACGUCCUCAACACAUGUUGAUGAGAGUAUCUGUUGGAAUUCAUCACAAUGAUAUUGAAGGUGCUAUUGAGACUUACAAUUUGUUGUCAGAGAAAUGGUUUACCCAUGCAUCUCCCACUCUAUUCAAUGCUGGCACUUGCCGACCACAGCUUUCAAGCUGUUUCCUGUUGACCAUGAAAGAUGACAGCAUUGAAGGAAUCUAUGACACCCUAAAACAAUGUGCCUUGAUAUCUAAGAGUGCUGGUGGCAUUGGAGUGAAUGUUCACUGUAUUAGGGCAUCUGGUAGUUACAUUGCAGGGACAAAUGGCAGCUCCAAUGGUCUACUUCCCAUGUUGAGGGUGUAUAAUAACACAGCUCGAUAUGUUGACCAAGGUGGAAACAAGCGUCCUGGUGCCUUUGCCAUUUACUUGGAACCAUGGCAUGCAGACAUCUUUGAUUUCUUGGAUGCUAAGAAAAACACAGGAAAGGAAGAACAAAGAGCAAGAGAUCUUUUUUAUGCUCUGUGGAUUCCUGAUCUGUUCAUGAAACGUGUUGAGACCAACCAAGAUUGGACAUUGAUGUGUCCAAAUGAAUGUCCUGGUCUUCAUGAUGUCUGGGGAAAAGAAUUUGAAGACCUCUAUGAAAAAUACGAGAGAGAAAAUAAAGGUACCAAGACCAUCAAAGCCCAGUUGCUGUGGUAUGCAAUUAUUGAAGCACAGACUGAAACUGGUACACCAUACAUGCUGUAUAAAGAUGCUUGUAACAGGAAAUCCAACCAUCAGAAUUUAGGAACAAUAAAAUGCAGUAAUCUUUGUACUGAGAUUGUGGAAUUCAGUUCUCCUGAUGAGGUUGCAGUGUGUAAUCUGGCUUCCAUUGCUGUGAAUAUGUUUGUUAAACCAGACAAGACGUAUGAUUUCAAAAAACUGGAACAAGUUACAGGUGUUAUUGUUAGAAAUCUGAAUAAAAUUAUUGAUGUCAACUUUUAUCCAGUGGAAGAGGCAAGAAAUAGCAAUAUGCGACAUCGUCCCAUUGGUAUUGGUGUUCAGGGUCUUGCUGAUGCAUUUAUAUUAAUGAGGUUUCCUUUUGACAGUGAUGAAGCAAUGUUAUUGAAUAAACAAAUAUUUGAAACUAUAUAUUACGGUGCCUUGAAAGCCAGUUGUGAAUUGGCUGAACGAGACGGAGCAUAUGAAUCUUAUAAAUUUGGAGAUGGAUGUCCUGUUAGUAAAGGAAUCUUACAGUAUGAUAUGUGGGAUGUAACUCCAACCGAUUUACAUGAUUGGGAUGCACUGAAGAAAGACAUUGCUACACAUGGUUUACGUAAUAGUUUAUUAUUAGCACCUAUGCCAACAGCUUCAACUGCACAGAUACUGGGUAACAAUGAAUCAGUUGAGCCUUAUACAACCAAUAUCUAUUCAAGAAGGGUCUUGUCAGGAGAAUUUCAGGUUGUGAAUCACCAUCUACUGAAAGACUUGACUGAGAUGGGUCUCUGGAAUGAUGAUAUGAAGAAUUUGUUGAUUGCUAACAAUGGCUCUAUUCAGAGCAUCGAUGGAAUUCCAGAUCAUAUCAAGAAACUGUACAGAACUGUGUGGGAAAUCUCUCAGAAGAAUAUUUUGAUCAUGGCUGCAGAUAGAGGAGCAUUCAUUGAUCAAAGUCAGUCAUUGAACAUUCAUAUUGCAGAGCCAAACUAUGGAAAACUGACCAGUAUGCACUUCUUUGCAUGGAAGCAGGGCUUGAAGACUGGCAUGUAUUACCUUCGUACACGUCCGGCAGCCGACCCAAUCAAAUUUACAGUUAACAAAACCUCCUUGAAGCCAACAACCAACGUUGAGGCAGCAGCAGAAAAGGAAGAAGAAAACCAGGCAGCAAUGGUGUGCUCCUUACAAAACAAAGAUGACUGUUUGAUGUGUGGUUCCUAAAUAUCUCAGUAUAGCUGUAACCUAAUACUAUUGGUAUAUAUAUAUACACAAGUAUUCACAGUACUUUGGUUUAUAAACUAAGUAAACCAAAAUUUUGUCUGCCAGUUCUGAUACAACCCCUAUAAACAAUACACUGCCAUAUCAAAAGGUAUACAUCUAUUUAUUUUUUACUAUGAUUUGUCCAUAACAGUACAGUCGCUCUUCAACUGUCUGAGCUCCAGGAAUCUGACAAUUGAUUAUAAUAUUGAUUUGAAAUAUACUUCAGAUAUUUGAUUGUAUUUAUACCCUAAAUUGUUUUCCUCCCAGUAGAUACCAAAUGUAUCACAGAUUGCUGCCUACAUGUUCAUCAUUUUAGAUUGAGAUUAGUUAUAUUUUUGUACUAUGUUAAUUCAUUCUUUCACUGUCAGCUGAGUGGUCUUUCAUUCCUGAAAUAUUGGUGAACUUGCUACAUGUAUGACCUUGUAAUUUCACACUUAUUCAAAUACAACAAUUCCUGGAGUUUGUCACUCCAGUCGCAGACAUCACUGCACUAACCUACUUUAGGGAGGACGUCAAAAGAUCGAUGUCGAAUAAAAAACUUAAUUCCUUUAGUUUUUUUCCAAACCCCCCUACCCCCACUGAAACUUAAUUGAUAAAUAUUGGUCAUGGCGUCAGACUACAUUCACUAUUAAAUACAAAUUGAUAAUCGGACAGUAGUAUUGCAUAGCAGUUGGUUGUCGGGUGGGUGUAAAGAGUUUACAAAUGCACCUCAUUUGACGCACAGAUUUACACUCGAACCAAACCAUUUUUCUGUUUUUUUUCCCUUUUCGGUUAUUUCUGUCCAUGAUUGGAUAGAACUACAAAUACUCCAAGAUUUUUUUGACUUCAUUAAAAAAUAAAAUCGUUUUUGUAAGAUGGAAACUUUUUGAGGUCAAACCCCCCACCCCCCACCCCCAAACUAAAGGAAAUAAGUUUUUUAUCAGACAUUGAUAUUUUGACGUCGUCCCUUAUGAUAUACGGAUUUCUGUAGCUCAUAUAUUUUACUGCACCAUUAUGCUUCCUUGGGAAAUCUUCAUUUUCUCAAAGGUAAUUUUCUGCUGUUUUUCAAUUUGCUGGAAGACACUAGUCAAUAUAAAAUCUUGUGGAAAUGCAUUUGUCAUUGUACAUAACCAGCUUAGAGCAGACACAACAAUCAAUUUAAUAAAUUAUACAUUCUUAAUCACGAUUUAUAGUGUAAACUGGUUUAAUUGCCCAUGUGAAAUCAAUUUAUUACAAUGUCUAAUGCUUUGAACGCUUUGAUUUGACUUCAUUGUCUUCAGUGUACAAUUUAAACUGUACCUGUAUAAUACAUUUAUGUUGAGAAAUAAAAUAUUUUCACAAGCAAAA